UUCGCAGAGCCUCCUAGGACUCACGCCGACCACCUAGAAAAGGUGCUGCACUUUCCUUCGCCCCAGCCGAUGGUUUUCAAUCAGGUUUUUCUUCCCUUGCGUUCACGCAGAGUCUCACAAUCCAGAUGGCAAGAAUUCUUCUCGAUUAUUCAGGUUCCGAUGUCCGGCUCUUCUUUCGGAUUUUCUUUGUUGUUGCAUUCAUCCUCAUUAACCUUUUGGGGACCAAAUGUCUGGCUGCACGCGCUAAGCUCAGGCUUGUCCAACGACGCACUGUUCCACUGCCGUACAUGACUUCUUGGCUGGCAAGUUUCGACUCCCUGUAUGCUUUGCAUAUGGUGAGGACACUGCCAGGAGGAUGGCUAAGCCUGCUAAUGAUCUUUGCCUAUCUGCUGAACCUGGGCUCGGAUUUUACCUCGGCCCUCAUCAAGUCGGUGCCUGUCCACGACCGGUGCCAGUUCGGCACUGGUCUAGUGGUCUCAAGUGCAAACAUUGAAUUGGUCCCGUGGAAUGGAGCGCCGUACACGGUCGUCUCACAAGCGCAAACGACCAGCCUGCUCAACGGUGGCUUGCAGGGAGUCUACAGAAAGGCAAACCGAGCCGUUAACUUCAGUGCCGAUGUCACUGACUUGCUUGGGCAGUGGAACUGCGUCAGGAAUUCCCUCGAACUGGAUUAUCCUUGGGAUGUAUCAUUCAACGACAUAGUCACUAGUCUACAACAACACGAUCUUCUUUAUGACACUCCAUAUUCUGUCUACGCCACAGUCGGGAACGUUUCUCAUCUAGUGAUCCUUGAUACAUCCGUUGGAGAGAACGUCGGCGCUGUCUUCAACGUGCGAUUCUCAAUUGAUACCACUGCAUAUGGCAAUGAGACGAAACACAUGCAAAGUUACGAGUGCACUCUAAACGACACCUACGGAGAGCUCCAACCGGUUCAAGAAAGGAUACAUUCGCUUGCAACUCUCAACAACUGGGCCGAAGUUUUCCAAGGCUCUGUAUACGAGGGCACAGGCACCCCUGCAUCCCCUAACUCCGGCGGGAUCUUGGAACAAGUUCUCAACUCCAUGACCAUGGUUGCAGGGGGGGGAAACUACCUUCUCGACACCAGCCAUUCAUUAGAUACACAAGGCUGCCUCACUCAACGCACACACAUUUUAUGGGAGCUCAUCAUGCUCUCCGGCCUGACACUUCUUCUCUUGGCUUUCCUUCUUUUGUUCUGGCUCGGGAUGAGCAUAAGGUUGAAGAUACUGAGCGGUGGCAUCAAUGUUGAAGACGCGAGGUGGAUCCAAGAAAAUACGCCGAUCGGAAACUUCGAGUGGAUGGCACAGGCUGUGAGAGAGUCUCAACGACCACGACCCAUGGAAAUCGAGACUGCUGAUCUGAAGGGCUGGUAUUUUGGAGGGAGCUCGGACGGAGGUGGCGGGUAUUGGAUCACCAACAAAGUGGCUCGAUCAAAUAUCGCCGAGGAAUCAAUCUCCUUGCAGUCAAACUCGGCUCUUUAGCAGCAGUUCUCGACCAUCCUGGUGAAGAGCCCGACGAGGGAAAGGAAGAGGCAGAUAUGUGAUCAAUGGUAAUGUUUCCUUGUGUUAUGCCGUCCUUGAAGCAUCAGCAUACAACGUGAUACUGCCAAAAACAAAUGCUGAUAGCGUUCCUUUCU